GAACGUCUUCACGCCAGUGACCAACAUCGCCAGGGUCGCAAUGGUAUACGUGACGUUCAAUGAUUUCUGGUCGAACCUCAGUAAGACCAGCCAAUUGCAGACCAUAAUCCCAGCUAAAGUUUACGAGUUCGUCAGCAGCAUGUAUUUGUUAGACUACCUGAGCAAGAACGUCGGACUAACACUGAUCCAGGUAGUCAUGGUGCGCCACUCCCACGACCUCAGCCUGCUGGUCAGAGCCGUGCUCCUUCACAUGAAUUCCUUACCGAGUCAGAGGCGCAAGUACAAGACCAGAGCCGCCACCGUCCUCUGCUUUGGAGCGGCACCCCUCGUGUACACCAUUACAGCGAUCAUAUACGACAUUACCUACAAGACGGCCGCGGACUGGCUGAAAAUAACAUACGCCCUGAAUGACGUGCUGCCAGUGUUGCUCUUCAGCCUCACCCACGACACGUUCAUCCACGUGAUGACCGUCACCAAAGACUUCUUAGAAGGCAUAGCGGAGGAUGUCCAAGAACUCAUCAAUACGCCGUCUUGGGUAGCGUCGCCUGGGGACACCCUGAGCGCCCCCGCGGCCACGACAACGUGCUCGGUGUGCCUGGCACGCCGGCUAGAAGGAAGGAUGUCCUCCCUGGCUAGGAGUCUCCGUGCGCUCAGGGUGCGCUACCAGGUUGUCCACGACAGCGUCCACGCAACCAACCAUAUCUAUGAACUGUUCAAUGUGGUCUCCAGUACCUUGACGAUGGUCCAGGCCGUGGUCUGUGUGUACAGCGUAGUGAUAACAAGUAACGCAACUAGUCGGUGGUUAUGGGUAGGAAUGUGGAACCUGGUCUGGGCCAUGUCGCUUGCAGCUAAGCUUCUGUUCAUCUGUAUCAUUGGCGAGCAGAUGCAAAGAGAGAACUGUAGGAUAACGACUGCCCUGCAGACGACAAUGGCUUAUCAUCCAAACAUGGAUCUUCAAAUCAAAAGAGAAAUUUGUGGGUUCAUUCAGCAGGCGCAAUUGCAAGAAAUUCGAUUUAAAGCUGUAGAUCCCUAUUAUUUCGAUUUGAGUACCAUGAAACAGAUUAUUGCCUCCACCAUGGCCUUCAUCGUCAUUUUAAUCCAAUUUCCAGCUAUGUUAUCACUUUUAUACAAAUAAGUUUCCUACAGUAACAAGCAGGCCCGCCCUUCCGCCAAACGGAGUUGCCAGCUCCACUUCGCUGCGCCGGCAACUCCGUUCGGCAGGGGCCAGGCCUGGAGACGCUUGCAGUUAGCGAAUUCCCUUUCGAGGGGGCCGUCUUCGCUCCACGCAGACCCGUGUCGACGCCGUCCCUGCGGCUUUUCGAAUGCCAGCUCCUGGCGGGUUCGCAGCCUUUCGUGGACUUUAUGCUGGCCGGACACGCUGCCACUCUGGAGGUGGUGGAGUUGGGCGAGUAUGCUACGUACUCUCCCGAAACUGUGUCCCUCCUGGCUGCUUUACCGAACCUCCGAAUGCUGCAGUGCCCGAUGCUUGUCGGACUGGAGGCGCUGGCCUCGCAAGAGCUGCUGACGAAGGUACACCUUGUCGUCAACUAUGAUGCGGAGAUGCCAGCUGCCGUCCUGUCGGCUGCGGAGUUCCUCGGCCGCGCCGCCAAGCAGCUACGCAAAGUCACCCUGCGUGUCGAGGAUACCAAGUCCGCGAAGGUCUGCGUGGGCCUCCUGAAGGUACUCGCCCACGAGAAGGCCCAGGUGACGUCGCUGACCCUCUGGGGCUAUCCGUGCAAGGAAACCCACAAGCUCCAGCGGAUGUUCAGCUUGCUUACCUCACUGCCGGCCCUGAGGAAGCUCAAACUCGAAGACCUGGGCGAAAACGUCCGCCCCACCUGCGUGCACGCCUGGCUGCACUGGGACACGCUCAAGGCGCUCAUGUCGGCAAACCCUAGCCUGCGGAUCAAAUUUUUCUGCGACAUACCAAAGCUCUGCCAAGAAGAGCCUUGCGACGUGUGUGCAUUGGGCUGUGGAGGUGCGGUGACCUCAGUGUGUCCAGAACUCGUAAGUCGCGUUGAAGUUGAUCGUACUUAUUGGUUCGAUUAUUAGGACGAGUAAGAUGUGUGCAUAAACUGAGGUUUUAUUGUGUUAUCAGUAACUGUAACAGGUACAAAACUCUUGUCGACUUGAAACUGGUGGUCUUGAUGUUUUCACUUAUUUUUAAAUAAGUGAACUAAAA